AUGGCGCUGGAGUCCGCUGCCGGCGGAGCAGGCGACGACGAGCAGGCCAAGAAGGAGGGCAAGCCAGAGACGAAGGCGGCGAUGGGCAAGGCGGGAGGAGUCGGCAGAGGAAAGGACGGAGAGAGCUCGGACAUGAAGAUCGUGAGCAGACUGCUGCCCUAUCUUUGGCCCAAGGACUCCAAGGCGCUCCGGACUCGGGUCGCCUUCUCGCUCGCCUGCCUCCUCGGCGGCAAGGUGCUCAACGUCCAGGUUCCGAUUCUUUUCAAGACGGCGGUAGACAGGCUGUCCGAGAUGAGCGCGGCAACGAGUGCUGCGGCGAGUGCUGCUGUGGGCGAUGCUGCUGCUGCUGCGGCUGCGGCAGCGCCGGAGAUGAUGGUGGCGGCGCCGAUGGCGGUGCUGCUCGGGUACGGCGCGGCACGGACGGCGGCGUUUGGACUCUCUGAGCUCCGCUCGGCGGUGUUUGCCACGGUAACACAGUCUGCCAUCCGGUCGAUUGCGCUGCGGACGUUCAAGCACCUCCACGCCAUGGACCUCUCGUACCACCUCGGGCGGCAGACUGGGGCGCUGGCGCGGUCGAUCGAGCGCGGCUCGCGUGGUAUUAACUUUCUGCUCUCGGCCAUUCUCUUCAACAUUGCGCCGACGCUGUUUGAGAUCUCGCUGGUGUGCGGCAUUCUCUGGUCGCAGUUUGGCGCCGAGUACGCCGCCGUGACGGUGGCGACCAUGUCGGCGUACACCGCGUUCACCUUUGGCAUCACCUCGUGGCGGACCAAGUUCCGCAAGCAGAUGAACGCUGCUGACUCGGAGGCCGGGACCAAGGUCAUCGACUCGCUCAUCAACUACGAGACGGUCAAGUACUUUACCAACGAGGACCACGAGGCGAAGCGUUACGAUGCUGCGCUGGCAAAGUACGAGACGGCGGCGGUGAAGACCUCGCAGUCACUGGCAGGGCUCAACUUUGGCCAGUCGGCCAUCUUCUCCGUCGCGCUCACCACCAUGAUGGUGAUGGCCGGCAACGGGGUCGCCGCCGGCGACAUGACCGUCGGCGACCUCGUCAUGGUCAACGGCCUCCUCUUCCAGCUCUCACUCCCGCUCAACUUCCUCGGCUCAGUCUAUCGCGAGAUGCGCCAGGCGCUGGUCGACAUGGAGACCAUGUUUGGCCUCCUCGACGUCCAGCCCAAGAUUGCCGAUGCGCCCGACGCCGUGGCGUACACCGCGCCGGCGACCGGCGCGCCCGGCGAGCUUGUUUUCUCGGACGUCAAGUUCUCGUACGUUGACGGCAAGCCGCUGCUGAACGGCGUCUCGUUCACCGCGCCGGCAGGCUCCAAGGUCGCCAUCGUCGGCGGCUCGGGCUCGGGCAAGUCGACCAUCCUGCGCCUCCUCUUCCGCAUGUUUGACCCCGAGUCGGGCUCGAUCACGCUCGACGGCCAGCCGCUGGCCAAGCUCAAGCUCCACGACCUGCGGUCGCUCUUUGGCGUCAUUCCGCAGGACACGGUCCUGUUCAAUGACACCAUCCGCUACAACAUCGGCUACGGCGACCUGGGCGCGUCGCAGGCCGACAUCGAGGCUGCCGCGUCGGCCGCACAGAUCCACGACGCCAUCCUCGCCAUGCCCAACGGGUACGACACCGUCGUCGGCGAGCGCGGCCUCAAGCUCUCCGGCGGCGAGAAGCAGCGGGUCGCCAUUGCGCGGACGCUGCUGAAGAAUCCGGUCAUCCUCCUCUCCGACGAGGCCACCUCGGCGCUCGACUCCAAGACCGAGGCCCAGAUCGCGGCGCUCUCGUCGUCGGUCGGCACCGGCGCCGGCCGGACCGAAAUCGUUGUCGCCCACCGGCUCUCCACCGUCGUCGACGCCGACAAAAUCAUUGUCCUCCGUGACGGCCGUGUUGCCGAGUCGGGUUCGCACCACGAGCUCGUUGCCCGCGGCGGCGAGUAUGCUUCCAUGUGGGAGCGCCAGGCGUCGGUUAUCGACGAUCUCGCUGCCGCGCCUGCCUCGGCGCCGUCGCCGGCGUGA